GCCUACAUCGGUUCCCACUGUAUCAAUCGGGUAAGCUGCAUGCACUCCUCCGAACCAGACUCCAAAGGCAAAGCCAAAGACCGAGGAGGGAUACAAAGUUUCGGUACUAGAUUUAACGUUAGCAUCCUAGCGCUACGUUAAAGAUGGCUGAUGGUCAAUUUGAGGACGCAGAUGAAGCGAUAUCGGUCGUACAAGUGGUGCACCCACUAAGAAAUCAGAUGUCUCUUCCUACAGCUCAGAUUGAGGAAGGAGAUCUCACCCAAAAAGUGCUUGAGGCAUCUUUAGAUGAGGCGGAAUGGGAUGAAGAUGAUGAAGGAGAAGACGAUGAUGACUAUUAUGACUGGGAAGAUGAAAGCACAGAUUUUACAAAGAAGUUCAAUGCUGUAAGAGCGUGUAACCCUCAGCCUAAACCUGGAGUGAACUCAGCCAGUCAUAAAGAGGCCUCUUCAUUUCAGCCCCAUGAAAAGUCAAUGCACCGAUUCGCCAGCAAGAUAACGGUUGAUAAAUACUCCGGUCCACGCUCUCUUUCCAACGCUGCCACCAACUCUCUGAUGAAGACGAACAAGAAAGUGGAAUCAGACAGAGUAAGAAUGAAAGAUAAAGCUGAUAGAGCUACAAUGGAGCAGGUUCUUGACCCUAGAACUAGGAUGAUUGUGUUUAAGAUGUUGAGUAGGCAUGUUAUUAGUGAAAUCAAUGGAUGUAUCAGUACUGGAAAGGAAGCUAACGUCUACCAUGCUACGACAAAACUAGGAGAACAUAGAGCUAUCAAGAUCUAUAAGACAUCGAUUCUGACUUUCAAAGAUCGGGAUAAAUAUGUGACAGGAGAGUUUCGUUUCCGACACGGCUACUGCAAGAGCAAUCCUCGCAAGAUGGUACGAACGUGGGCAGAGAAAGAGAUGCGCAAUCUCCUCAGGUUACAUAACGCUGGAGUUACUUGCCCUGAACCACACCUUCUUAGGAGCCAUGUCCUAGUGAUGGACUUUAUUGGGACUGAUGGAUGGCCGGCUCCGUUGUUGAAGGACGUGAAUCUAAGCGAAGGGAAAGCGAGGGAGCUCUACUUGGAAUGUAUUCAACAGGUCCGCAAGAUAUACCAACAAGCCAAACUUGUCCAUGCUGAUCUCAGUGAAUUCAACAUGCUGUAUUGUGCAGACAAGCUGUAUAUCAUAGAUGUAUCUCAAUCUGUUGAGCAUGACCAUCCCAGUGCCUUGGAAUUCCUUCGCAAAGAUUGUACCAAUGUCACAGAGUACUUCAGAAGGAAUGGCGUGUGUACAAUGACCAUGAGAGAACUCUUUGAAUUUGUGACCGAUCCCAAUAUCAACGAUGACAACAUAGAGCAAUAUCUGGAUAAGGCCAUGGAGAUUGCAUCAAGCAAGUCCUCUGAAGAGGUCUCGGCACAGGAUAAAGUGAAUGAAGAGGUGUUUCGACAAGCGUUCAUUCCUCAGAAACUUGAGCAGGUUAAUCACUAUAUGAAGGAAAUAAUCAAAGCACAAGAAAACAAGGAACAUGAGAUGUAUUACAAGACGAUAACAGGACUCAAACAAGAUUUGAGUGGUGUACAAGAGGAUCCUGCCCUACUUGAAAAUAGGCUGGCAGAUGAGAAAGUAGAAACAGAGGAGGAGGAGGAAGAGGAUAUGGAGGAAGGAGAGGAGGAGGAGGAAAGCGGGGAAGAGAUGGAAGAGGAGAAGACUGCAGAACGACAACAUCACAGACCGAGAGAUGAAUCACCAACAUCUAAAAGAGAGAGGAAGAAGGCAAUCAAGGAAGAGAAGAGAGAGAAUAGGAAAAACAAGAUUCCUAAGCAUGUGAAGAAGAGAAAGGAGAAGAUAGCCAAGGUUCACAGAGGCACCAAGAAAUGAUCAAUCUCAAAAGGAUUCCUAACAUGAACCCUUUUAAUAGCAUUGACAGUGACACUUAUUCAUAUUUCCAUCAGAUGUUUGGAUCCCAUGCCAUCCGUCUACAGCAAGAUACAUGUACUCAUCUACAUUUGCUCCUGUCUACUCAAGUCCUAAAAGGUCGCUUUAAGUAUUGUGUUGGCAUUGAGAACAUCAAAAGUAGGUCUUCGGCAAGACAUUCAUUCCCGUGCGGAAAAGUUGCUCGUCAUGUAUUGUGUCAAGCAUUAGGAAAGCUGCUGAGUUGAGCUAAUAUACACCAAGCCGAGUUCAUAAAGACGAUCAUGUUCACAGUAUUGAUUCUUAUUAAUACACAUCAGUCCUGUAGAGCUACAGUUCAUCAGGGGGUAUUUCACAAAGAUGUGAGUAUGGCUUAGAGUCGCACUUACAAAGCUUUAUAGUUGCAUGCUGUAUAAAAGGGAUGACCACAUUGGUCAGAUCGUGCCAAGAGGAUGCGCGCUACUGCACGUUGAUCAAUAAGAU